GUGCUUCUCGUAGCCUAGGAGGAAGGGACGAUCCACGAUCCCAAGUGUCCACAGGCAAUCGCAGAUGGAUUCCUCCCAGUACUUACAAACGAGAUGCACCUUCUAAUGAAAACAAGAAUGACAUUGUCUUUCGAAAGGUUCGCGGUAUCCUAAACAAACUAACUCCGGAAAAGUUUGAGAAGUUGAGCGAUGAUUUGCUGUGCAUAGGGUUGGACUCUCCGACCAUCUUGAAGGGAGUGAUUCUACUCAUCUUUGAGAAGGCUUUAGAUGAACCCAAGUACAGUUCUAUGUACGCACAGCUGUGCAGGCGUUUAUCUGAAGAAGCCCCCAACUUUGAACCGCCAACUAACGCCAACGGCAGUACUCCCAGUAUCUCUACCUUCCGGCAGCUGUUGCUUGCCAAGUGCCGUGUCGAGUUUGAAAAUCGUUCGGCCGCUCAAGAGGUCUUCGAAAGUCGCGAUGGCUCUCUCACAGCCGACGAGGAAGAGCAACGUCAGACGGCCAAGCGUAAAAUGCUUGGCAACAUUAAGUUUAUUGGUGAAUUGGGCAAGUUGGGUAUGCUGCAGGGUGCCAUCCUCCAUAUGUGUAUCCAGCAGCUCUUGGAGAGGAAGCGCAGGGGGGGCAUCCGUGAGAUGGCAGAAGAUUUGGAAUGUCUAUGCCAGAUCAUGAGAACCUGUGGUAGGAUUCUCGACAUCGACAAGGCUAAAUCCUUGAUGGAUCAAUAUUUUGACCGGAUGGCUGCAUAUGCCGUCAACCAAGAGCUGCCCUCGCGGAUUCGUUUCAUGAUGCAGGACUCCAUCGACCUGCGUACAAAUCAUUGGCAGCCACGCAAAAUCGCCUCGACCGACGGGCCACGAACCAUUCAACAGAUUCGGGAAGAAGCUGCCCGAGACAGUGGUGUCUACCUUCCGCCACCCGGUUCCCACUUGAUGCAAGGUAUGCAUCGUGGCGGCGGUCCUGGCGGUAUGGGAAUCAAUCCACCAUCAGGACUCUUCCCCGUUUCACGUUCGGGUCUUAAAGGACCAAUUGGCAUCGGACUUGAGGAUGUCUUUGGUUCCCUUCCUUUGGGAGCCGUUAGUAUUGGUACCGGACCUGGAGUCAUUCCAUCCAUGCAGGAUGGUUAUGGUUACGAUAGUGAUUCAACUCACAAUGGUCACGGACACAACCCAAACAUGUACCGUGGGCGCCCGUCCUAUGGAAGUACGGGUAGCGGUGGCAGUGGAAGUGGUGGUUAUUCGUCAAGCCGAUCGCCAAGCAAUGGCGUCGGCAACUACCAUGGCGGUGGCAACAACAAGCAGUUCUCGGCUCAAAAUCACCACCAACAGAACAUAAACCAAGCCAACAAUGCCAAAAAUGACCUUCCACCACGCUUCAAAAAGAUGAUGAUGACGCAGCAAAGAAGUCAGAGCAGCACGGAAGAAGUCAGUCUCCGUCCGCCGGCCAAUUCGAUGGUUAACAAACCUAAGCCAUCGACUGUACUAUUACCCAAGUCAGUCACAAGCAAUGCUGCAGCCGGAAACAACCACAUUACCGGUCCGCUUGGACCCCUUCUAGACGCUGCCCUCCCUAUGACUAAUUCAUCGGCUGUAUCCAAUCCAUCCAAGAUUCCUGGUAUGGGUCUAAAUCUUCAAGAGAUAAUGCCCAUCGGGGUAAAAUCUGUAGUCCCGACCGCAACCGAUAAACAGAGAUCUCCACGGAAAGACCAAGGCCCCACGAAAGAAGACAUUGUCAAGCAAGCGGAAACUGUACUGGAAGAUCUCCUUAAUCGUCAAGUAGUGGAGGAUAGUGUCAAUGCUCUGAAGGAGAUUAAAUUGAUCGAUCGAUUUUGGACUCCUGUUCUGGCUCGUCUCAUGGCCAAAGUCCUGGACAAAUCGGACUCUGAGCGGGAGCUUGUUAGUCAGUUGAUGGUCCAACUGAAGAAAGAGUCUCUCAUUACACCGUCUAAUUUUUUCGACGGCUAUAAAGAGUUGGUCUCUCAACUGCCAGACAUAGAGAACGAUGUGCCUCGAGCCAAAUCUUUUGUGGCUGGAUUGGCUGCACGCGCCGUUAUGGACGAACUUUCUACACUUGCCGAUUUGGCACGACCACUGGAAGGCGGUUACCAAUAUCCUCUUUUCCUCUUGACGCUGCAACAACUGCACAAGAUUCAGGCCACCGAAAGGUCUGUCCUGAUCAAGUUGUUCAACGAGUCCAAAGUUCAACUUAUGAACAUGCUUCCAGAACUCGAUCGCAACAAGGAUAGACUUGGUGAGAUCUUAGAUGAUCGUGGUCUCAGCUUCCUGUUUCCUCUGUUGCGCAUCCAAUCUGAUCUGUGGAAACAGAUUCAAGCCGACCCCACUCCUGCUCAGUUCUACAAGUGGAUUAAAGAAAAUGUUGAUCCUUCUUGCUACACUAUGCCGGGCUUUAUCUCAGCCCUGUUUGCCGUUCUUCUCAAGUACAUCGCUCAAGAAUCGGCCCCGAAUGACGCACCUACUACCAACGGAUCAACAGAAAACGGGUCUAUUGCAACUGCUACGGACAAGGUGACACAGGAAAAGGAAAAGGAGCUUGUGGAACGUUAUCGACCCGUGUUGCAGGCUUUCCUUCACGACCAUGUCUCACUCCAAGUCACUGUCCUGCAUGCCCUGCAGGCCUUCUGUCACGGACUUAACUUUCCCAAAGGCAUGCUUCUUCGCUGGUUUGUCCUUCUUUACGAUCUGGAAAUAAUCGAAGAAGAUGCUUUCCUCAAGUGGAAGGAAGAUCUUACCGACGAUACCCCAGGCAAAGGCAAAGCUCUCUUUCAGGUAAAUAACUGGCUAAUGUGGCUAGAACAAGCCGAGUCUGAUGAGGACGAAGACGGCGAUGCUUAACGAAGGACAGCUAUAGGAAUUUAUUAAAACACGGCACAAAACCAGGAGAAAGCACAGCGCGCUUUACGCAUCCUCCUACCAAGAGACUAAAAGAACGGCCUUUGAAGAAGUGACUUUUUUUCCUCAGUCCAUAUGAUGGUGGCCUCACUUUUGGUCCACGCUCCGUUGCCGUUGCAAAUAUCCUUGGGUUGAUUGAACGGGAAUGAAGAGGGAGAGAAUGAAAAAAAAUAACAAUUUCUUUUGCUGUCGACUCAAAAUCUUUCGUUACGUGCUGUGUUCUUUUGUUGCGCUUUGUUUUUCUUUUCCUUCUCUUGUCCUCCCAUCUCUGUUGGUUUCUUGCGCCGAAUGCGCUCUUUGGCAAUAUGUUCAGAGUCUUUUUUGAUGCUUUACGGGCUCGUCCCUAACUUUAGUUCUAAUCAAAUUUGAACAGGCAAAAAGCUAGAAACAUUUUCUUUCAUCUCACUCCAGGAGAUGUUUUUUUUUUGGCCGACGUCAACAGCUGAAGGUCUAACACUAAAUAUCUAAAUUCUUUUUGAGUUUCCUCUUUCCUCAUGGACCCCCACUAAUUUUUAAAGGAAAUGCCUGUCUGAGGCUUUUUCGUCAACAUCUUUUUAAGGGAAAGAUUUUUAAACAAAUACUAUUUCAACACACCUUUAAAUUCGUUGCAACUGGGGAUUAGAUGAUUUCCAUGAAGUGUGUGAUUGUACUGCUCCCUCUUCGCUGAUUUUUUCUCUGAUCGACUUGCACUUCAGAAAACAAAUGAAAUGAUUUCAAAUUUAA